UUCAGGUGCAUUAAACACACCUCCCAAGUAAAGCUCGCUCCUCCCACCUUCUGCACACCUGCAUAUAAGCUCACCUGUAGCAUCAGCAGCACAGAGCUUCCUGCAUUCCUCUGGAUCCCACCUGUCCUCUAGCUCAAAGAAAAUCCUGCCAACCAUCAUGGCCUCCAGCAUGUCAUUGAGGGGUUACUCCAUGAGCCGUCAGCCCUCUUUUUCCAGUCGUUCUCUGAUGGACAGCGGGCGCGCUCGCUCCCGUGCUUCGGUGUCUUUCUCCGCUGCCAGUCCGUUGACCCGCUCAGCUUCUAUCGGCCAAGAUCUCAAUGGCCCAGUCAGCCUGCAACUGAACGGACUGCACGGCAACAGCACCAAUGAGAAGGAGGCUAUGCAGAGUCUCAACAACCGCCUGGCUAACUAUCUAGACAAGGUGCGUUCACUGGAGCGCUCCAACGCAGACCUGGAGACGAAGAUCAAGCAGCUGAUGCUCGACCGCAUUCCCAAAGGUCAUGACCUUGAUGCCAUGAUGGCCCAGGCUCAUGCUGUUGAGCAAGAGGUGAGGAAGAAGACCUUGGAAAAUGCUCGUCUCAUGUUGGAGAUUGAUAAUGCUAAACUGGCUGCAGAUGACUUCAGAGUCAAGUGGGAGACUGAGCUGGUGAUGUGUCAGUCUGUGGAGCGAGACUGCGUUGCCCUGAAGAAGGCCAAGACAGACCACGAGCAGAUCAUUGCCUCUCUGAGAGGAGAUCUGGACAGCCUGAAAGAAGAACUUUACUUCCUCAAGAAAAACCAUGAGGAGGAACUUGAGCAGAUGAAGUCUCGUAUUGCCAGGGACGAGGUGAAUGUGGAGGUGGACUCGGCCCGCGGGCCAGAGCUGGGAUCCAUUCUGUCUGACCUGCGUACCCAGUAUGAAGCCAUUGUCAAGAACAACAAGGAGCAUGCAGAGCAGUGGUAUCACAAGAAGCUGGAGACGGUCCAGAAUGAGGUGAAGGAGAGCAACGAGGCUCUGCGAGGAGCCCAGAGUGAGUUGACUGAGAGGCAGCGCUUCCUGCAGACCCUGGAGGUGGAGCUGGAGAGUCUGCACAAACAGAUAGCCGCUCUGGAGGGUAACCUGAGUGAGACGGGUCAGAAAUACUCAUCUGAGCUGGAGCGGCUACAGGCCACCCUGAGUCAGCUGGAGGACGACCUUUCCCAGCUCAGGCUGGACAUGCAGCGUACCAAAACCGACUAUGAGCAGCUCCUCCGCAUCAAGCAGAACCUGGAAAUGGAGAUCGCCACUUACAGGCGCCUGCUGGAGGGAGAGGAAACAGUUAAGGAAAUUCCACCUCCACCAAAAAAGGAGCCUGAUGUUCGCACCAGGAAGAUUGUGAAAGUGGUGACUCAGACGAUGAUCAAUGGCCAGGUGGUGGAUGAAUCCAGCGAGGUGGAGAAGAUCGAGGAGACCAAGAAAUAGAAAGAGAGAGGAGGAGAUGUAGAUAAAAAUGAAUUGAUUAGCAAAACAAAGAGAGAGUAAGAGAAUGAGAAUAUUACAUAUAUGCUGUGAUGGAGCAUCAGCAUCAUUCAUUCUCGCAACAGAAAAAAAAACAUUGUUCUGAAUAGGGAAUUUUAAGGGAGUAUUAUGUGACUAUGAAUGUUUUGUGUUUUCAGAGAGAUUUUUUUCCCAAAUUUCUUGUUUGUCUCUGGAGAGAGAGCAACGAACUAACCAUCUUCAUACAGUUUUACUAAUAAAAUGUUGUGUACCUCAGCAAGAAAUGUAUUUCUUAGUGUGGUAAAGUUUACUUUAGUCAAUGUAAUACAUGCUUUUACUCCUUUUAGAGAAUAUCAUUUAAUCAUCUUGGUUGUUUUUGUGUUUAUACUCUAAAUAAAGU